GAACAUAACCUUUCUUGCUUGGAACAAAGGAAGAACAUCAGCAUUAAUUGACACCUAUCUGGUGUCAGGUCCUGUGUUUGUUCUGUACUUUAUUUUUAUUGUCAGACUUCAGUGUGAGACAUACAUUUUAUAAAUAUGGGUGUAAGAACAUUAAUAUACUGAGGACAUGUAGCUAUCAAAUGAUGUGGCCAGAGUCUGCACAUGUGGCUGCUUACUUUAAAUUCCACAUCAUUUUUACUGAACCACCCUCCCUCUAUGAACUUGGCCCACUCCCCAAAGCACUCAGCUAUUCUAUUGAAACUCCACACAGCAUCUUUGCCUGGUUCUCUCUCAAAGUCACCCUUUUCCUGCCAAGACAUUUCACUCAUAUUAAAAGUUAUUCAGUUAUCACAUGCUCUGGCCAGUGUUCAGUAGUCUCAGGAAAACAAACAGAAUUAUAAAUUAUGGUGCUUUUCUUCAUGAGCAGAUUCCAUGUAUGAAAAAAAUAAAAUACACAUAUUAACAAUAACCAUUUAUUAAACAUUAAAAAAAUUUGUUAAAUGCCAGCACAGUAGUUACCAAAUCAGUCCCAGAAAUGCUUCUUAACCAAGAUAUUCAUCAGAGUUAUCUGUGGUGUUUUUUAAGAAUUAAGAGUCGUAGGCACUUCCCCCAACCCCAAACCUACUAAAAGAAUUUCACUUUUUUUUAAUCCCAUUGGCCUUUGUACACCCAACGAUUUGUUGGAUUUAUUGUGAGAUAUUUCUCUACAUACUCGAUGUGAGCAUCAUUAAGGAACUGGUAACAUUCAAGGAUGUCUCUGGGGGCUUCACUGAGGAGGAGCGGGGCUGCCGGGACCCCGCUCAGAGGAAGCUACACCGAGCUGUGAUGCUGGAGAACAACAGCCAGUUGGUCUCCGUAGGAGACUUGAAAGAAAAUUCUAUGGAGAAUCUUCAAGAGAAAGGACUUAGCGAUCUAUUACAUAGGGGCUUUUCUGCUGGCUAAUUUUAAAGAUAUGGCCAGUACAAUAACAGAGUCAGGAUUAUAUUGUGAAUCUUCCAGGAGACGUGUACAAGAAUCCUGAACUAGAUUUUUGCCCUUAUCAGAAGUAGGGAGAAGCAUCUUCUAUAUUUCCAGAAACGAGCAGUGUGGUAACUCUUCCAAGUGAUAAUUACAAAAACAUGGCAAAUGAAGAAUAUUUAUCUUUGAAAGUCCCAAGCCAAAUGGCCACACAGGACUCCUCAGUGACGUUCUGUAAAAAUGAGCCCCAGGAGCCUCAGAAAAGCAAAAGUCUAUCUGUAACUGAAGAAAGCACUGAGAGAAAAGUCUUACGGGGAGAAAGUCCUCCCAUGGACCAUUGUUCAGAGAACCUUCAAGUUAAACUUACAUCUAACGUAACAGAACUGGUCUCACCAUUGGUCAGUGGUGAGGCAAAAUGCCAAAAUGGCCAAUUGAAAGAGUCUUUGGAUCUCUUUGACUGUACCUGCAAAGACAUUUGUGGUUGGAAAUCACGAGUGGUCAGUCGUAGUCAUCAGAGAGCUCAUACAGAGGAGAAACCCUGUAACCAUUACAACCUUGGGAAGAGACGUAACAACAGCUCAGACAGUCAUUCAUGUGAGAAAAUCCACACUGCAGAGAAAUUAGACAGAUGCAGUCAGUGUGGUAAGGACUUCAGUGAGCACUCAGAACUACUACUUCAUCAAAGACACCACACAGAAGAAAAGCCCUACAAAUGUGAGCAGUGUGGGAAAGGUUUCACAAGGAGCUCCAGUCUCCUCAUCCAUCGAGCAGUCCACACGGAUGAGAAACCCUAUAAGUGUGACAAGUGUGGGAAAGGCUUCACUCGGAGUUCAAGUCUGCUCAUUCAUCACGCAGUCCAUACAGGCGAGAAGCCUUAUAAAUGUGACAGGUGUGGAAAGGGCUUUAGUCAGAGCUCCAAACUGCAUAUCCACCAGCGAGUGCACACUGGCGAGAAGCCCUAUGAGUGUGGGGAGUGCGGUAUGAGUUUCAGUCAGCGCUCCAACCUGCACAUCCACCAGCGAGUCCACACUGGGGAGAGGCCCUACAAGUGUGGGGAGUGUGGGAAGGGCUUCAGUCAGAGUUCGAACCUUCACAUUCACCGCUGCAUACACACAGGCGAGAAGCCUUUCCAGUGCUAUGAGUGUGGGAAGGGCUUCAGCCAAAGCUCUGAUCUCCGCAUCCAUCUCAGAGUCCACACUGGAGAGAAGCCCUAUCACUGCGGCAAGUGUGGGAAGGGAUUUAGCCAGAGCUCAAAACUCCUCAUCCAUCAGAGAGUGCAUACUGGAGAGAAGCCCUAUGAGUGCAGCAAGUGUGGGAAGGGCUUCAGCCAGAGCUCCAACCUCCACAUCCACCAGCGGGUUCAUAGGAAAGAUCCCAUUAAAUAAGGUCUUCAGUCAUAUGCUCAUACUGUAAAGACUUAAAUAUUUUUAACAUCAUUCUUUUAUAUUCUCAGGAGAGAGAUAGUAAAAGUUACUCAUUUAUGUUCCCUCACUGAAAACCAUUCAUUCAUUUAAAGUAUUUAAGUACCAAGCUCUUUGUUAUGCUAUACAAUAAAUUGACUUCUGGUUCCUCAUAUGGGUACAGUGAAAUGUCUGUACUUUGUAGUUCAGCCAGUGUUAUUAGAACUACAUGUCCUACCCAGCUUUUUUAAGUGCAAGAACUUUAUAUUUGUGUAAGCAGAACAUGUUUCCCUUUGUUCAUGUUCUCUGAGAAAUUGAAACUGGUUUCUCUUCAAA